GGUUAGUUCUUACGCUUGAUAGCCUAGCUAGCGGUUUUUUGAGUUCUCUGACUAUGUUCUAUGGUCCAUCCUAGAUGGUUUAUGACGCCAGUUAACUCUAGGUUAUAAAUGGGUGUUUAGAUUGCAAUAAAAUUCUUACACGCAUUAUAAAAAAAAAACAAUAUCUUUUUUUCAAGUAUGGUUUGUUGGGUAGGAGCAAGAUACAUACAAUGGGUAUUAUUACUGCUAGUUAUGUUUCAUUCCAUUCUUGUACAAUGUUGCAUAGAAGAAGAGCGCCUUGCUUUACUCGAAAUCCAAACCUAUAUGAAAUCGUAUCAAAACACAAACUAUUAUGGUGGUAGAAAUGGACAACAAUUAUGGUCGUUCGGCAUUGGAGACAAAGAGGAUUGUUGCCAAUGGUCUGAGGUUCACUGCAAUGUCAAAACUGGACGUGUAACCGAGCUGAACCUCGGCUCGAAGGUGAUACUAAGCAACCAUAAGCCAUGGUUGUUCAACGUCACACUAUUUCGUCCUUUUACCCAACUCAUUUCCCUCAGCUUGUCUAGCAACCACAUCAACGGCUUGGUAGAGGAGGACGGUUCAACAAAUAUCUCAACUUUGAAGAAUCUUCAAGGUUUGAGUCUGGAUGACAACAAACUUGAAAUUGGCUACAUUUCUGUUCGUGUUCUUACAUCACUUAGGAUAUUGACCCUCAUUUCUGCUGGUUUAAACGAAUCUAGCUUCCCAAUAGCUCAAGAAUUGGGAAAUUUGAGUAAACUCCAAGCACUGGACUUGAGUGAUAAUUAUUUCUCCGGUGAAAUCCAAGGUAGUUGGCUUUGCAGAUUGAGGAAUCUUCAGGAACUAUCUCUUAUUAACAAUACGUUUAACGGCCGCUUACCUCCUUGUCUCAACAACUUAACUUCCUUAACUUAUCUUGAACUUUCAAAUAAUGAGUUGAGUAAAGAGUUGCCAGACAUGUCUAAUCUUAAGUCCCUAGAAUACUUAGGUCUUGCAUCCAACAACUUUGAAGGCAAAUUUUUCCUGCAUUCAUUCGCGAACCACUCAAACCUUCAAAAUUUAAUCAUAGCAGAAAACAGACUUCAAGUUCAAACCGAAGGUGUAUUUUGGAGGCCAACUUUUCAGUUGCAAAUGUUGAUAUUACAUGGAUGCAGUUUGAAUAUACCGCAUGGAACUUUCCCUACUUUUUUGUUAUAUCAAUAUAAUCUGACCAUGCUUGUCCUUUCCAAUAAUAACUUGGUUGGACCUUUCCCAACUUGGUUGUUAAACAAUUACCCUAAUCUCCUUUUUUUGAGACUCUCGAACAAUUCUCUUACUAAUCUUGAGCUACCUCACAAUAAUGUUAAACAACAUAAUAUGAGCUUCUUGUUCAUCUCAAGCAAUAAGUUUCAAGGUGAGCUACCAAAAAGUAUUGGUUUUGUAUUCCCCAACAUCACUAUGUUAGACAUAUCAUUUAACCUUUUCGAAGGGCAAAUUCCAUCUUCACUUGGUCAAAUGAGGUACCUUGAAACAUUGAUUAUGUCCAACAAUAACUUCUCCGGGAAGUUACCAAGCCGGCUUCUCAACAAUAGUCGUUUCUUGAGCAUUUUGCAACUUUCAAACAAUAAUUUACAAGGAAAUAUAAUGCUUGAAGAUAUGAACUUACCUUCCUUUACAUGGUUUGAGGUAAAUAACAACAACUUCAGUGGGACAAUCAAAGACGGUCUUAUGAGAAGUUCAAGUACUCUACUUACCUUUGACAUAUCCAACAACAAGGUAAAAGGUAUGCUUCCAAAUUGGAUUGGUAACUUGUCCUCUUUGAAAAUUCUCUCAGUCUCAAAUAACUCGUUAAAAGGCCAGAUUCCACCACAAAUAUGCAAACUGCAACCUCUUUAUCUAGAUUUAUCAGAGAAUAGUUUCACAGGGACAAUACCUUCAUGCUCAAACUUUUCAACACUUCAAUAUUUCCAUCUGCACAAGAAUUAUAAUCUCACAGUGUCAAUAUCAAACAUACUGUCAAAUUUCCCAGAAAUAGUAACCCUUGAUCUAGUAGAUACUCGUGUUACCGGCAUCAUUCCAUGGUGGAUUAAUAAGUUUCAGAACUUAAGAGUACUCCAACUAGGUGGUAACGAACUACAAGGAAAAGUGCCAUUAGAGAUCUGUGAGUUAUCCAACAUAGAUAUAUUAGAUCUAUCACGUAACAACUUGUCAGGAAAUAUUCCCGCAUGUUUCAGGAAUAUGUCAUUUGGGAAAAGAUCAGCUACUCCUAUAAAAGACAGGUCCUCGUUGCAGUAUAAUCUUCCAGAAGAAGUGACAGUUCUUGUAAAGAAUGAUUAUCGCACUUAUACAGGUGGAUAUCGUCUUAUUAUGUCGGUUUUAGAUUUGUCCUGCAACAGUUUUUCCGGUUUCAUUCCAUCAGAAAUUGGAGAACUUGAACAUGUUCAUUCUUUAAAUCUGUCGCAUAACAUGUUAUCAGGAUCGAUCCCUGGUGGAUUUUCUAAUCUGCAACAGGUUGAAAGCUUAGAUCUUUCAUUUAACAAUUUGUAUGGCGAAAUCCCUUCUCAACUAGUUGAGCUCAACUCCUUGGCGAUCUUUAAUGUAUCGUACAAUAACUUGACUGGAAGAGUGCCUGUUUCUGGACAAUUUGGUAGCUUUGGUGAAAAUAACUAUCUUUCUGGGUUUCCUGGGGAUGAGUUGCAUAAUAAUAAAGCAGAAUCAUUGCCGCCUGCUAAUACUGAAAUCAAAGAUGGAGGAGAUGAAGAUCGUGAAGGAGCUUUUGUGGUAGAAUUUUUAUGGAGCUUUGGAAUGUCGUGUGGAAUUAUGUUCUUAGCUACGAUCAUAAUCAUGUAUAUUAAUCCGCGGUGGCGUCAAACAUGUUUUGAUUUUGUUGAUUGGUAUCUUCUUUGGUGGUUGCCAAUGUCAUGGCGUUCUUUGUAUUAAAUAACUCCAUAUUUUCCCUUUUUUUUUUCAAGUUGUAUUGUUGUAUACUUGUAUUUUUUAUUUUAUUUUUGUUAGCACCCGGUUCACCCUUAGGGCUAAUCUGGAUUCGGGACGAGUUUGGGUGGAUAGGUUUCAUUCCCCUCCCAAUUGUUGUUGCGGGGGAUCGAACACGGGUCCUCCCUACCAAGUUCAGCCUCAAUCACCGCUGAACCAACAGACAAUUGGUUGUAUACUUGUAUAGAGUAGUAAAUGAUGAUGCAUAGCAUUUGUAUUAGAGUUUGAAUACUUCCUCUGUUUUGGAAAUAUCGCA